CUGAGCGCCGGGCAGCGGCGACCGGCCGCCCGCCAUGGAUUGCAGCCUGCUCCGGACCCUCGUGAGCCGAUACUGUGCUGGAGAAGAGAAUUGGGUGGACAGUCGGACUAUUUAUGUUGGGCAUCGUGAACCACCUCCAGGCACUGAAGCAUACAUUCCUCAGAGAUUUCCAGAUAACAGAAUAGUCUCAUCAAAGUACACGUUUUGGAACUUUAUACCAAAGAAUUUGUUUGAGCAGUUCAGAAGAAUAGCUAACUUCUAUUUUCUCAUCAUUUUUCUUGUUCAGUUGAUCAUUGAUACACCUACUAGUCCAGUUACAAGCGGACUUCCACUUUUAUUUGUCAUUACUGUAACAGCUAUCAAACAGGGUUAUGAAGAUUGGCUUCGACAUAAAGCUGACAAUGCAAUGAACCAAUGCCCUGUUCAUUUCAUUCAACAUGGUAAACUGGUUAGAAAGCAAAGCAGAAAAUUAAGAGUUGGUGAUAUUGUGAUGGUAAAAGAAGAUGAAACAUUCCCAUGUGACUUAAUAUUUCUAUCAAGUAGUAGAGGAGAUGGAACAUGUUUUGUUACAACAGCUAGUUUGGAUGGUGAAUCCAGUCAUAAAACUCACUAUGCCGUUCAAGAUACAAAGGCAUUUCACAGUGAACAAGAAAUUGAUGCACUACAUGCUACCAUUGAAUGUGAACAACCUCAGCCUGACCUUUAUAAAUUUGUUGGUCGAAUAAAUGUUUACCAUGAUAGAAAUGAGCCUAUAGCAAGGCCAUUAGGAUCCGAAAAUCUGCUCCUUAGAGGAGCCACUUUAAAGAAUACAGAAAAAAUCUUUGGUGUUGCUAUCUACACUGGCAUGGAAACAAAAAUGGCAUUAAAUUACCAGUCAAAAUCACAGAAACGAUCUGCUGUAGAAAAAUCAAUGAAUGUAUUCCUUAUUGUAUACCUCUGUAUUCUCAUCAGUAAAGCGCUAAUAAAUACUGUCCUGAAGUAUGUCUGGCAGAGCGAACCGUUUCGUGAUGAGCCGUGGUAUAAUCAGAAAACAGAGCCAGAAAGGAAGAGAAAUCAGUUUCUUCAAGCGUUUACAGACUUCCUUGCAUUCAUGGUUCUCUUCAACUACAUUAUUCCUGUAUCCAUGUAUGUCACUGUGGAAAUGCAGAAAUUUCUUGGUUCUUAUUUCCUCACGUGGGAUGAGGAAAUGUUUGAUGAAGACACAGGAGAAGGACCACUGGUGAAUACUUCUGACCUCAAUGAAGAGUUGGGACAGAUUGAGUAUGUCUUCACAGAUAAAACAGGAACCUUAACUGAGAACAACAUGGAAUUUGUAGAAUGUUGUAUUGAAGGACAUGUUUAUAUACCACAUGUUAUCUGCAAUGGCCAAAUUCUCCAUGAUUGCACAGGCAUUGAUAUGAUAGAUUCUUCUCCAGGAGGAAGUGGAAAGGAGAGAGAGGAGCUAUUUUUCCGAGCUCUUUGUCUUUGCCACACUGUUCAGGUAAAAGAUGAUGACAAUGUAGAUGGGUUGAAGAAGAGCCAGCUCUCAAGAAGAUCUCGCAUAUAUAUAUCUUCAUCACCUGAUGAAGUUGCUUUAGUUGAAGGAAUACAGAGGCUCGGUUACACCUAUCUAUGCCUGAAGGACAAUUACAUGGAGAUCUUAAAUCGGGAAAAUAACAGAGAGAAGUUUGAAUUAUUGGAGGUUUUGAGUUUCGAUUCUGUAAGACGACGCAUGAGUGUAAUUGUCAAAUCUUCAACAGGUGAUAUAUUUCUGUUUUGCAAGGGAGCAGAUUCUUCCAUAUUUCCUAGAGUUAAAGAAGGCAAAAUUGACCAAAUACGAUCCAGAGUUGAACGCAAUGCAGUGGAGGGACUGCGAACGCUGUGUGUUGCAUAUAAAAAGCUCACAGCAGAAGAGUAUAGCAAUGCACAGAAGAUGCUGCAGAAUGCGAAGUUGGCCCUCCAGGACCGAGAAAAGAAAUUGGCAGAAGUGUAUGAGAAGAUAGAAAGAGAUUUUAUUUUACUUGGUGCUACAGCCGUUGAAGAUCGGCUACAAGAAAAAGCUGCUGACACAAUUGAAGCACUCCAGAAAGCUGGAAUUAAAGUUUGGGUUCUAACAGGAGACAAAAUGGAGACUGCUGCAGCUACUUGCUAUGCUUGCAAACUGUUCCGGAGAAAUACACAAAUACUUGAGCUAACCACAAAGAAAAUUGAGGAGCAGAGUUUACAUGAUGUGCUUUUUGACCUAAGCAAAACUGUCCUAAGACACAGUGGCAGCUUAACCAGAGAUAGCUUGUCAGGACUUUCUACUGAUAUGCAAGAUUAUGGUUUAAUUAUUGAUGGAGCAGCUUUGUCAUUAAUAAUGAAACCGAGACAAGAUGGGAGCUCUGGUAACUACAGAGAGCUCUUUCUUGAAAUUUGCAGGAACUGCAGUGCAGUGUUAUGCUGUCGAAUGGCACCUCUGCAAAAAGCACAGAUUGUAAAAUUGAUUAAGCUAUCAAAGGAGCAUCCUAUCACAUUAGCAAUUGGUGAUGGAGCCAAUGAUGUCAGUAUGAUUCUAGAAGCACAUGUUGGUAUAGGAAUCAUUGGCAAAGAAGGUCGUCAAGCAGCAAGAAACAGUGACUAUGCAAUUCCUAAGUUUAAACAUUUGAAAAAAAUGUUGCUUGUUCACGGGCAUUUCUAUUAUGUUAGGAUAUCUGAACUUGUGCAAUACUUCUUUUAUAAGAAUGUCUGCUUCAUUUUUCCUCAGUUUUUAUAUCAGUUCUUCUGUGGGUUUUCACAACAGCCUUUGUAUGAUACUGCGUAUCUAACACUGUACAAUAUCAGCUUCACUUCCCUUCCUAUCCUCUUGUACAGUCUAAUGGAACAACAUGUCAGUGCAGACACACUCAAGAGAGAGCCUUCCCUGUACAGAGAUGUUGCCAAGAAUGCUUUGUUGCGCUGGCGUGCAUUUAUUUAUUGGACAUUCCUAGGAGUGUUUGAUGCUGUGGUAUUUUUCUUUGGUGCCUAUUUCUUGUUUGACAACACAAUUGUGACCAGCAAUGGACAGAUGUUUGGAAACUGGACCUUUGGAACACUGGUGUUCACUGUGCUUGUAUUUACGGUUACACUGAAGCUUGCACUAGAUACACACUAUUGGACGUGGAUAAAUCACUUCAUGAUCUGGGGAUCACUGCUAUUCUACAUUGUCUUUUCUCUGCUCUGGGGAGGAAUUAUUUGGCCUUUUCUCAAUUAUCAGAGGAUGUAUUAUGUGUUCAUGCAAAUGCUGUCUAGUGGUCCUGCAUGGCUGGGUAUAAUUCUGCUCAUAACUGUUAGCCUUCUUCCAGAUGUUCUCAAGAAGGUCUUAUGCAGACAGUUGUGGCCUACAGCAACAGAAAGAAUCCAGAGUUUUUCCUGUAUUUCAUCAAUAUUGAUGCAAAAUAAUUCUGUUUUAUUUGGAGAGCCUAGUUGUUGCAAAAGAUGUUCUGUGUCACAGAAUGCAUCAAGGCACUGUCGGGACCACAUCUCGGAAUUCACACCUCUUGCCUGCCUCAAAAGCCCAAGAUACAGGAGCAAUGACUGCAGCAAUUCCCCAGCAAGAAGGUCUCAUUCUCGUUCUAAAAAAACAAUGUUUACGCACUGGAGAGGCAUUGAUUAUUCAGUGCUUCCAUCUGUCUUUGGCUACUCAAAUAAGCAUUGUCGUUCCAGUGCAGGCUACCGCUACAGUGGGUCAGGUUUGGAAACGUCUGUAUGACACAACACCAAUUCAAGCCUUUAAAAACUGUACCUUUGUUUAUUUCUUUUUUUAGGAAACAAACAUGUCACAGAAGUAUAUCAAACUAUAUGUGGCUUUUGCUGUCUGAGGUAUUGCUCAGACAAACAGGAUCAAGAGCUAGAAGUAUGAAACCUUCCGGGCCGAUAGGCCUCCUUUCUAUGUUUUGAACUACUGGGGCAAUGAACAAUCUGCACAGUCUGGUACUGUGAGACUGGUAGCACUAAAAUUUACUCAUCUUCCUGUGUCAAGAUUCUUGUGCAUUUAUUGUUUCUGUCAUCUUUAGUCAUUUUGUUACUUGAAGUGUAUAGUUUCAGUCAGUGACCUACAUUCUGAGAUCAACAGUUUUAAUUUUCAGCCAGAAGCGAUGACCUCAGUUAUCUCCGAUGAAAGUUUCCUAAAGCAUAUUACUAAGUGCUGUUUCUGAUUUUCCUCUAUCCUUUUUCUUUCUUUGCUUUUUCUGUAGAACAAACUGGUGUUUCCUCUGUGCAAAUCUGCUUUCAAGAAACACUCUCUAAUGUUCACUUCCUUGUAAGUGGCCAAAUCAGGGCCUCGUAUGGUUUUCAGUUAGUACUCCCCUGUAGAAAAACAGGCAAAAUGAUCCUUGUGUAGAGUACGUGCACUCUAUAUGAAGUCAAGUUGGCUGUUCAGUAGGUAUCAUCAGUGUCGAUAUCUACAGAAAAAUUGAAUGUAAGGAUUUUGCCUCCAGUGUCUUCGUGAAUUCGUCAAGGAUGCAGGUACGCAGUGUUCCCACUUCUUAACUAUCUCCAUGCUUUUAAAGUAUGCAUACUAGUAAGUAUAGUAGUAAGUUUAUACAGAGAACCUUUUUGGUUUGGUUUUUCCCCCCUCAAAAAAAGGCUAUUUUUGCAAAUAAGCAUCUUUUAUUAUCCUUUUAGUUUUGACUUUUUAUUUCUUUAGGGUUUUUUUUGUUUUUUUUUUUAGUGAUAAGACCUAAUUGGCUGAGGAGAUGCAUUACAAUGCAAGAAAUACCCAACUGUUAACUUUUGCAAGCAAACCAGUAGGUGGCACACAGCUAUUACUAACAGCUGAAACAUAAUUAUAAUAGAAAUUAGUUUGACUGCAAAGAUUCUGUUUGUAUUACUUCAAGUAUGACAGCCAACUUUUACUUCUAUUUUCUCUGCUACGUUUAUGUUACCUUGCACUUAUUCAACUAUUAGCUGUGUCCUUGUCUUGUUUCUUUAGUCCAGUGUUUUAUUUUGGGGUACAAAACUACCUGAAGGAAUAAUCCAAUUUCAGUCUAGUUUAGCCUGGUGUUUUUAACUCGUUAAUAACCACAGUCUUUAAAUACUUGUGGGAGGAUAUUAACUAAAAAUGUGUUGCAGUGUGAAAAUGAAAACAAAAUAUUUGGAAUCAGAGCUGCAGUCUUUAUUGGAAGACUUGAGCAAAACAUUAGCUGUGUAUUUAAUGAACGUGAGUGGUGGAGAAAAAUGACUUCCCAUAGAGACAAAAUGGUUUACUUAAUAAUUUACUUUUGAGUAAGAGAAAAAUCAACUCAGUAGGAAAUGUUUCACACAAUAUUCUGAGUGACUUUCCUGUUCAACAAGCAGUGAAAUAUUGAAUAUUCCCUGAGACAAGCAGAUUGUAAAGUCAGCAGUGAAAUUUUCAUUAUACCAAAGAAAAGGGAAGAAUUAUAGAAGGCUGAUGGUGAGCACCACAAAUGAAAGUAUCUUUACCAUUUGACAUGUAGCACUUUUGUGUUUCAAAGAAUGUCCUCAUAGCAGCAACAUUUUGAAAUACAUAAACAUGUAUAUGAGUGUGGGAGUGUGUACAUAUAUAUGCCAUUGCAUACUUGAAUGUUGGUCAGUUCAAACCAUCCCCUACAUAAAACACUGGUGUAUAUAUUUUUUAAACAAAGUUAUUAUGCGUAUAAAUUUUAUACCAGUAGCAGUGACAAAUUUCUUGUGUGUAGUUAACAAAUUAUUUGUAAUGUAUUUUUUAGAAAUCUUAAAAUUGCCUUUGCACUGAAAUAUUUUUCAUACUGUAGCUAUUUAUAAAUCUGUUUUACGCAUACAUUUGUUAACACACCAUUUCUAUUUUUUUUAAGUAUAUAUGUUUUGAAGGCUUUUUUUAUACUUAUGAGUUUUGGCCACUUAAAUUUAGCUUAGAGUGAAGUUGUGGCUGAAUGUUAAAAUUUUAAUGAAUGUUAAAUUAGAAAUAUAGAUCAGUUGCUCUGUCAGUGUCACCCAAACCAUUAAUUAAAACCAUUUGCUGGCAAUUAGAGCGAUACACUUUCUGUGCUGUACUGUUACUGCUAGCUUUUCUAUUCUAUAAACCCUCCUGCUUUUUUCUUCUUGAGUUCCAUCUUUUAGCCUUAAAUAAGGAGAUUUUUUGCUCGAUGAUUUUGAAAGUGCUGCAUUCCCGUUCAGCCUGUUAACAAAGCAAUUGAUUGCAAACUUAGUGUAGACCAGCACUUAGAAUAUUUACAAUAUUAUUCAUGCUGAAACACCUCUUUAUGUGUUUGGGAAAUUUUAGUUGAAUGUGUCAUUUUUGGAGGAGGAAAAGUGCUUGAAUUUAAGUGGAAAUUUCUGCUUUGAUUUAGCAAUAUUUCUACCUUUAAAAGUCGGUACUGUUUAUUAAAAUAGACCAUUUGAUGGAAAACCCAUAGAACACCAACAUUUCACUUGAUAGGUUUUUGUUUCUGUUCCUAUUGCCAUGCAAACUUAGCCCACUGCAGCAGGUGGCAACUUGGAGUUAAUCUGUAAACCGACCAGGCAAUACCAAGAUGAAAACUUAGAAGUUAGAUCAAAAUGAAUUAGAAUGUUUUACUAUGGAUGGGGCACUGAAAGGAGACUGGUUUCUAUAUAUUGUAAGAAUGGGGAAAAGUAUAAAAAUCUAUAUAACUUCCUAACUCGCCUUGUUUAAAUCGUUGCAGCUUUAACAGCAUAAUGUCUCCAUAACUGCUUCUAUAAAUGUCUUGAAACUGGUAAGCGCUAACCAAAUGUAUCUGAAGACUUAGGAAGUAUUUCAGGCUUUUCAGCCACUGAAGUUUGUAUAUUCCUGCAGUGGCUCGUGGCAAAAGAUGUGGAUCUUUUUGGUUUUACACUGUACAAUAAUUGUUUGUUCAGCCACUUAAUAUAAAAGCUUACAGUUUACUUUCUUGCUUGCAUUAGCCUGUCUUGUCCCAACUGGCUUGCAAAUACAAAAGGAAAAAGAUAGCCGAAUUGAGCACUGCACUACUUUUCUUUUUGGAAGCCAGUGGGGUCAUUGUGCUCAUGCUACUGUCUCUGUUAAGAAAGCUUUAAUGGAAAUUUGUGAAAGUAUUGUGAAAGUGAAAAAGUACGCGAUUCUACUUUGCAGAAUAAUCUACAAAUCCAUCGAUGAAGCUUUAAUUUUUUACCUUACGAGAAUUCACAGGAUUUUAACAUGCAUGGUCUCUCACAAGUUCUGUGCUACGUACGCACUCCAUUUUACAUGUCCUUCCAUGACUGAAUGUAAAGUAGAAUCUGCGAAGUGCUGCCCGGGGGCUGGGGGUAGUUAUCUGUGCAUUAACAUUAAAGAUGUCUGUAGUCAUUGGCACCAAAUACUAACACUUAUUUUUAUUGUACAAUUAUAGGUGCAUUUAUUUGAAAAUAAAUCAGCCUUCAAAUCUAAUGUUUAGAUUAUCCUAUACCACUUCAUUUAUUUGAUUUGAAGAGUCAGUGUGUGAAUACAUUACUGUAAAGUUUCUUUUCAGUGCUAUUUUUAACUUUAAUUUCUGUAGAUAACCAAAUAUAACUUGUUUAUAUUCAGUCACAUUUUGGAUCCUUACGUAGAACAUAUGAGCAGGAGACAUGGAUCUGCUUGCAAUAAAUAUAAACAUUCAGAACUGGUUUAAGUUUGCUCACGAGUAAUUAAAACCGAGUAUGAAUAUGAAAUGAUUUCAUAUUAGUCUGUAAUAAAAUGUAAGUAGAGAACAGAAAA